CCUCAAUCCCUAGUCUCCUCUGGUCCCGCUAGGCUAAAUAGUCGCAGAUUGCGUUGUGCAACGCAGGCCAACACUUGGUGCAGAGAUGGACAUCCUGACUGUACUGCCGUCCAACUUCGGCUAUGCCAUAUUCACCUACCUGUACAGCUGGAUCAUGCUGGGCUACUUAGGAGUCAAAGUCGGGGUCGCCAGGAAGAAGUACGACGUCAAGUAUCCCACGAUGUACAGCGACAAGGAGCAGGUAUUCAACUGUAUCCAGAGAGCACACCAGAACACACUGGAGGUGUACGCUCAGUGGCUCGUGUUCCAGACCAUUGCGGCUCUGGUCUACCCGUUAUCAGCAUCGGUGCUGGGGGCUAUUUGGGUGACAAGCAGGUUUUCCUAUGCCUGGGGCUACUACACAGGAGAUCCGGCCAAGAGGAUGUAUGGCGCCUAUGGCUACAUUGGAUACUUUGGUGUCAUCUUUCUGUCCAUAUCUGUAGCCUUGCAAUUGCUUGGAGUCUUUUAAGACGAUUGUCAUCUUGUUUAAUCAUUUAUACUGUCUUGCGUGGACUUUUCAAAUGUGUAAACUUAAAAGUAGUUGUACAAUGCUUUAUAUACUGAUUUCAAAUGAUGACGCUACACAUGUUUUUGUGGACCACUAACUUGUGAAUGUCUGUGUGAUCAUCAAUAAAAUGAAGUCGAUGAUG